AUGCUAAAAAAAAACUAUGAUAUAUAAAUAAUGAUGUUGUUGUGUGAUUACAAAAAUUUUCCAAUAAUAGAUGAAAAAUUAGAAUAAUUAAUGAAAUGGUUUGGAAAUAUUUGUGAAACUAAAAUAAAAUUAAUUAGAGGAAAGAGUAAGAGUAUUCAUAUUAACAGUUUAAAUGCAACUCUAAAAGAUUCAAAUAUUUAUAUUAAUUGGCAAAUUAAAUAUUAUUAGAUGGCAGAAAUUAUUUUUAAAUUUAUUUAAGAAUGAAUAGUCAGCAAUGUUAGAAAUGGGGAUAAUUAGAAUGCCACCUUUCAUUCCUUCAUCUAUGACUCAUUUAUUGAAAUUAGCUAUCAGAGAUGUUAGCUUAUUAUAUCAAUUGAGAUUUUAAUUAUAAUUAUAUAUAAUUUAAAUAAAUGAACUUUUGUGA